AUGGAUCGUAGAGACUCAACCUGUUCGGAACAGCGAGAAGCUCUAAGAGCCCUGCGCCAGGUCCAAAAGCUGCUCACUGACCAUGAAGCCUCUUAUUUGAGGGGGCUGAGAGGCCUGAACAAAAGGCUCACACAACUGAGGGGCCAGAUUCUGAAGGGAAAUGUCAAAGAUACCUGCCCUCGUUUAAAAUCACCACAUCAUGGCCGGAUUUUGGGUGGAAAGUUGAUGGUGGGACAUGAAGUGCAUUUUGUCUGUGAUUAUGGGUACCAGCUUAAUGGGUCUGAAACCAGAAUAUGCAUGGACAACCAAACUUGGAGUGGGCAGAAUGCCUUCUGCACAGCACAGCUGGAAAAAAUGGCCAAUACAUCCUUACUACGUCCUGCAAAAUGUUCUUCCUUUCAUGGUACUCAGCAGUGCACCUGUGAACCAGGAUACCUGAUCCAGCCCGGAGCUCUCUGCCAGGAUGUUGAUGAAUGUGGUUUGUUCCAGAAUAAACCAGAUUCAAAGAUCUGCGUCCAUGAAUGUGUCAACACUCCAGGCUCUUACCAUUGUGUUUGUCCACGGGGUUAUGUCCUGGAUUCUCAGCAAAAUUCAUGUCAGGAGAUAGAUGAGUGCAGCUCAGGAAAGGCCUCAUGCACUGGAGGAGAUCAAUGUGUGAAUUUGUUUGGGAGUUUUGUGUGUGUUCGUCCAGAGUGUCCAAAACCAAAACACAACACCACCUACAUCAAGACCUCCAGUUCCCAGUGUGAGCGGACUCCUUGUCCAAUGGGAAGCAGUAGCUGUCUGGAAGCUCCUCACUCCAUCUCCUUCCACUACAUAGCGUUGCAGUCCACACUACCAGUUCCAAGGGUCCUGUUUACCAUGACUGCUCCACGUUCAUUGGGAGAUAGUCAACGAUUCUCUAUCACCAGAGGCAAAGGUCAACAUGGACUGGAGGUGCGGCAAGCUGGCAAGCACCGUGGGGAGCUAGUCCUAAGCAAAUCACUCACUGGUCCAGCUGAGCUACAGGUGGAUGUGGAAAUGGCGGAGAUGUCACAGCGUGGUCUGCUGGGAAAACACAUCUUCACUGUCACCAUCUAUGUGUCCCAGUAUCCAUUCUAA